CUCGCACGUGCGGUUUAAUUUGUUUUAACUUCAAUGAACCUUUCUGAAGCCUUCCAUUCUGCCCGGCUUUUUAACGGAGACAUGGUUGACAGUUGGACCAUCCAUGAGGUCUGUUUGUGGCUGGAGCAGAGUACCUUAAGUGAAGCAAAGCAAAUCUUCCAAGGUAACAGAUCUUGCCCUUGGCAAUAAUGGAACAUUUCUUCAGAUGUGGGUUUUGCCGUGUAGUUAAGUUCACUAUCCAAAAAUACCUGAGCCAUUUGCUAUUGACACACCAGCAUCAACCAAAUUGUUCUGCAUCAUGUGUGGUUGAACAGUGCAGGAAGAAAUACAAAAGUGUUGGAUCAUUAAGAAUUCACAUUUACAGAAACCAUCGUUGUUAUUUACAAAACAACCUUGUGCCUCGUGCAGAUAAUUUUGAACCUGAGUCUGAGUCUGAUUCCGAUGCAGUUCAAGAUGAGGAUUUAGAAGAAGAGCCUGUGAUUGGUGACAGUUUAGAUAUUCUUCUGUCUGGAUUGAAAAAACAUGUUGCUCUCUUCAUACUCAAUCUCCAGGAAAAACAUCUCCUUCCUAAAUCAACCCAAGAUACCAUUGUUACAGAUCUAAAAUGUAUUUUAAAUUUUUUCCAAGAACAUUACUCAGAUAUUGUGAAAUUCCAUCUGCAUCAAUCUGGCUUUGUUAUUGAGGAAAAUGAAGAAUUGGACAGUCUUCUGUCGGACACAACAUUAUUUGAUUGGACAUUUGAAUUUGUGCAGUCUGAAUACAUGUUACUGCAAUAUGCAUCAACCAAUCUUGGGAUGGUAUCUCCUGUACAGCAUGUGUUGGGAGUGAAUGAAAGGGGGUUGCCUGACACUUUUCAGUAUGUUCCCAUUGAGGCUCUGUUGAAAGUCAUUUUGGGGAAAGAUGACAUCUUUAAUAACAUUGCACAUGGUAGAAUCCAUGAAGAAGGCUUUAUAAGCUACUUCACCGACGGAGAGAUUUUUCAGAAAUUCCCUUUCAAUGGUGAUGAAAACAUAAUUAGGCUUCAUUUUUACACAGACGAAUAUGAAAUUGUAAACCCCCUUGGAUCCAAAAAGGCGAUUCACAAAAUCUGUGCAUUCUAUUUUUCUAUUGGAAACAUUGAGCCAAAGUACAGGACACAACUUCGACACAUUCAUCUGUCAAUACUUGUGAGAAAUCAGCUUCUGAAAAGAUAUACAUACACUGAUAUCUUGAAUCCACUGGUUACAGACCUUCAAAGGCUUUACAGAGAUGAUUUCACAGUCAGCCAUGAUGGGGAAUUUGUUCAUGUACGUGCAGUCCUAGCUACAGUGUCAGCAGAUAAUCUCUCAGCCCAUAAACUUGCAGGGUUUUCUUGUAGUUUUAGCCACGGGCGUGUGUGUCGUUUUUGCAUGAUUGACCAUUCAGACAUAGCCAAAAAACUAUCAGAAGAGGAAGUUACUAUCAGAUCACCUGAAGUCCAUAGUUACCACCUUGAGGCUCUUAGGGAAAAUCCUGGCAUUUCAAAACGAACAUAUGGUGUUGUCAGUGAUUGUCCUUUCCAUGCCCUGGAGUAUUUUGAUGUCACGUCAUGUUUUCCACCUGAUGUAAUGCAUGACAUUUUAGAAGGUGCUGUUCCUCAAGUGCUGUCACAACUUUUUUUAGCCCUACAUAAAAACAAAAUUAUCUCAUUGGAAAACAUCUGUAAUGAGAUUGAAGCAUUUCAAUUUGGGCAAAAUGAUAAAGGAAACAAACCACAAAAAAUAAACAUAACCUCAAUCAGAAGUGGGCGCUUGCCAGGUUCUGCAAGUGAAAGAUGGUGCCUUUUUCGCCUUUUGCCUUUCAUUAUUGGCCAUCACAUUCCAGUGGGAAAUCCACACUGGGAGCUCUAUCUUUUGUGCAGAGAUGUUGCAGAUAUAAUCCUUUCUCCAUCAAUCAAGCAGAGCAUUCUCCAUUAUCUUGCCAUUCAGAUUGGACACUUCCUGUCUUUAUUCAGUUCUCUGUUUCCUGGAAAAGUCACCCCAAAAUUGCAUUAUCUAAUUCACUACCCAAGACUAAUUGAAAAAUUUGGACCCUUAAGACACCUAUGGUGUAUGAGAUUUGAAGGAAAGCACCAGUAUUUCAAGAGGCUGGCCCGAAAUGCUUUCAAUUUUAAAAACAUCUGUCUCACACUGGCCAAACGUCACCAACUUAGACAGUGCUGGGAGUUAACUUCAGUGGAUGUACUCAGGCAGGAUGAGUAUACUGAGAGGGGAUGUUCUUGUCCGGUGAGGUCUCUGUCACAAGAAAUUCGAUUGGGCCUUACACAGAGAUUUGGCGCAGAAAAUAUUGAAUUGGAGGAGGAUGUUUUGGUGGUCCAGAAGCUUUGCCUUGACAAUGUUUUGUAUUCCAUCAACAACAUUUUAGUGUUAGAUGUGAUUGAAGAGGACAUCCCUGUUUUCAUAAAAAUAAGGAAGAUGAAGAAAUCGAUGGAGAAACACUGUUGGGCUUGA